AUGCUACCCAAGCCCAAACGCAAAGACAAGCACAAAGAGAGGCGUGCUGCAGCAGCAGCAGCAGCAGCAGCAGCAGAUUCCACCUCUUCUUUGCCCCCAACUGAGUACUUCGGGGGGGCCCCCAGGGGCCCCCCGGGGGGGCCCCCCGAAGACAGCAGCAGAGGGGGGCCCCCCGAUGAGGGGGCCCCCCGCAGCAGCCGCAGGCGCAGCAGAAGAUUAAAAGAUCGGAGUCCCCCGGACUAUUCUGCUGACGAAAUGCUGACUCUGCUUGAGCAGCAGCAGCAGCAGCAGCAGCAGCAGCAGCAGCAGCAGCAGCAGCAGCAGCAGCAGCAGCGGCAGAAGAAGAGAGGGGCCCCCAGGGGCCCCUCCUCCUCCAAACCCUCCGCCAGGCGCGCCCGCAGAGAAGACAGCAGAGGGGGGCCCCCCUUGGGGGCCCCCUUGGGGGGCCCCUUGGGGGGCCCCUUGGGGGCCCCCUUGGGGGGCCCCUUGGGGGCCCCCCUAGAAGGGUCUUGGGGGCCCCUGUCUCUCAGCAGCAGCAGCAGAAAGGAGGGGGGGCCCCCCGGGGGGCCCCCAGGGGGGCCCCCCUUGGGGGCCCCCCUCCUGGGGGCCCCCCCUGAAGGCAGCUCAGUGAGUUCUUCUUCUUCUUCGCUUCGGGGGCUGGGGCUGGGGCCCCACCCUCCAGCAGCAGCAGCAGCAGCAGCAGCAGCAACAGCAGCAGCAGCAGCAGCAGCAGCAGAAGAUACCUGUGUCUUGGUGCCCCUCAAUCAGGCCAGGGCCCUGCUGGCCUCCGCAUCUCCUGCUGCAGUGCAGCUAGCAGCAGCAGCAGCAGCAGCAGCAGCAGCAGCAGCAAACCCUUACAAGAGCAGCAGCCCUCAAGACAGCUUCUCGGGGGCCCCCCGAGGGCACCCCUCUCUUUCCACUUCUUCAUAUCCCGCAAGUCGAUUACCCUCUUUAGCUGCGGGGGGCCCCCUGGGGGCCCCCCUGGGGGGCCCCCCCGGGGGCCCCCUGGGGGCCCCCCUUGGGGGCCCCGUGGGGGGCCCCCAGGGGGGCCCCCCAGGGGGGCCCCUGCUGUCUGGGUCUGGGCACAGUUUUGGGGCCCCCGGGGACCCCCGCCGCUAUUUGCUGCAGCCCCAAGAAGAGGCCCUUUGGGGGGCCCCCCUAGCAGCAGGGGGGCCCCCUGCUGCUGCUGGGGGCCCCCUUAGCAGCAGCGGGGGCCCCCUGGGACUGCGGGGGCCCCUCCAGAGAAGCAGCAGCGAAAGAACUGUACCCUCUUUGUCCCCUUUGACAGAAUUAAGAAGAAGACCCUCUUUAAGAGAUGUUAGGGGGGGCCCCCAGGGGGGCCCCCAGGGGGGCCCCCAGGGGGGCCCCCAGGGGGGCCCCCAGGGGGGCCCCCAGGGGGGCCCCUCUCUGCAGGGCCCAGUCUGUACCCCCCAGAGAAACGCGCAGCAGCAGCUGCAGCAGCAGCAGAUGCUGCAGCAGCAGCAGAUGCAGCAGCAGCAGCUGCAGCAGCUGCAGCAGCUGCACCGCCAGCCCCACAGAAUAGAAGCCAGAGGGGCCACAGUCCGAAGACCCAUGGGGGCCCCCAUGGGGGCCCCCCUGGGGGCCCCCAUGGGGCCCCCUCAACCAGUACCCUGGGGGCCCCCCGCGGCCUUGCCGGGGGCCCCCCGCAUCCCUCGUGGCUUUGCACAAGACAGGACUCCCAGCGCAGCAGCAGCAGCAACAGUAGCAACAGCAGCAGCAGCAGCAACAGCAGCAGCAGCAGCAGCGGGAGGCAAAGGACUCCCAGGCUUGUGCCCCCCGGAGGGGCCCCCUGGGGGGCCCCCCAUGGGGGCCCCCGGGGGGCCCCCCAUGGGGGCCCCCGGGGGGCCCCCGUCACUAAACUUGUGCAGGCAAUGGCGAGAAGGGGACAGACAAUCCUUAAGGGCCCCCACUCAUGAGUUGGGGGCCCUAAGGGCCCCCCCGGACACUCCUGCUGCUGCUGCUGUGCUGCACCUGGAGGGGCCCCCCGCAGCAGCAGCAGCAGCAGAAGCAGCACAGGGGCCCCCGCAGCAGCAGCGGGGGCCCCCAGCCUCAGGGGCCCCCGGGGCCCCCGCUGCUGCUGCCCCUGCGGGGGGCCCCCCUCAAGGCCUCCCUAGGGGCCCCCUUCCUGCAUUAGAGGGUCUUGCUGCAGCGCUGCUGCCUGCAGCAGCAGCAGAGGGGGCCCCCUCUGGCAAAGACAGCAGCGGGGGCCCCGGGGGGCCCCCCAGGGGCCCCCUGACAGUGUCAAGGGUGUACUUAAACGCUCUGUACCCUAUGGGGGGCCCCCUGGAGGGUACUGAAGGGCUGGGGGGCCCCCUGCAGCAGGGGCCCCGCCGGGCCCUUGCUGCUGCUGCUGCUGCAGCAGCAAAGGAAACACUAGGGGCCCUAGAAGCAGCAAGGGGGCCCCCCGUGCUGCGCCUGCCCUGGACAGACAAGGGGCCUCCAGAAGCCCCGGGGGGCCCCCCUGAACCCUCUGGGGGCCCCCCAGGGGGCCCCCCUGGGGGCCCCCCAGGGGGCCCCCCAGGGGGCCCCCCAGAGGGUACAAAUUCGGGACCCACUUUAGUACCUGUUCGUACCCUGCAAGACCUGCGUCAAACUGCUGCUGCUCUCGUGGGGGGCCCCCCGCUGCUGCAGUCCCCUGUGGAGAUUCAUGCUGCUGCUGCUGCUUUAGCUGCUGUGCGUCUCGAGCCUGCAGCACGUGCUGCUGCUGCAGCAGGCGCAGCAGCAGCAGCAGCAGCAGCAGCUCUCAGGAGGGACGCAGCAGCAGCAGCAGCAGCAGCGACGCAGGCGGUCGAAGACCCUGCUGCUGCUGCUGCUGCUGCUGGAGGUGCCAUUACAGCAGCAGCAAACUUCCUCCAGCAGGCCUUAGCAGCAACACUGGACGCAUGGAGACUUUCUCUUUGGGAGCAAAAAGAAAAAAAAGAAAUUUCAAACAAAAAGGCAGAGGCCCUGGAGACUCUCGAGACGCGCAGAGCAGUGGAAGAGGCACUGGCUGUCGUUACACAGCGCCACAAGCAAGUAAGUGAGCAGCAGCAGCAGCAGCAGCAGCAGCAGCAGCAACAGCAGCAGCAGCAACAGCGGCAGCAGCAACAGCAGCAACAGCAGCUGCUGUUGCUGCAGAAGACUGGCUUGUCCUCUGCCCACUGUGGUUUGUGGUGUGUUGACGAAGAAAUAGACUGGAACCGGCCGCCGAGAACGCUGCAGCAGCUACAGGAGACAGGCGUUUUAAGCGAAGCCAAAGAAGCAGCUCUUAUCGCCAACAGGAAGCAACUCAGGAAGUUGGAGGCUCAGAUGGUGAUGCAAGCGCACAAUGCAAGGAAGCUGCUGAGGGCCCUUGGAGAAAAGCGGCAGUUGCUGCUGAGGUUCGCUGCGCUAUUCCACCGGCGCGCAAUGCCGGAGAGCGACGAAAGGGCAAUCUUCAGCCGGCUGCAGAAGGUGGGUUUAGGGCUCAGCUCAUCACUGACUCCACGGGCCUCGAAGACCUCGAGAACAAACCCAACUCCCUCAACAGCAAUUCUGCAGGGGGCCCCCCGCCGCAGCUCGUGGGGCCCCUGUCUGUCGGAGUGUUCCCUCUUCACUGCUUCUUACCCUCACCCCCGAGGGUCUGAAGCUUUUCGUUUUUCUUUGAGUUCUCUUUUGGCAGAUUCUGCUGCCAAUUCAACCCCAGAUGACCCGGAAGAACAACAAAUAAAUACCCAAGGGGGCCCCCAGGGGGCCCCCCAGGGGGCCCCCCAGGGGGCCCCCCAGGGGGCCCCCCAGGGGGCCCCCCAGGGGGCCCCCCUGGGGGCCCCCCAGGGGGGCCCCCAGGAGGCUCCCCUGGAGCUGGCUAGGGGGCCCCACCCAGAGGGAGGGGACCCCGGGGGCCCCCAGGACCCAGUUGGGGGCCCCCCCGAGCAGCAUGGGGGCCCCCAAGUGGGUCCUGGGGGCCCCCUGAGGGGGCCCCCAGGGUACGGGGGGGCCCCCCGGGGGGGUACUCCUGAAAAGGGUAAGGGGGCGGGCGGGGGGCUGCAGGAUCUGGAGCUUCGUUUAGAGGGACUGUCUCUGAGUAGAAGAGCAGCAGCAGCAGCAACAACUGCAGCAGCAGCAGCAGCAGCAGCAGCAGCAGCAGCGCCGGCAGCACCGCCACCAGCAGCAGCAGCAGCAGCAGCAGCAGCAGCAGCAGCAGCAACGCCUGUGAGGGCUCAGGUGUCUAGACACCCCGAGGGCUUUGCUGCUACUUUUUCGCUGCGGUCUUUUGUGGGGUCUCGGCGCAUGCGUUGA